CGUCGCAGGAUAAGGAUCAAAGGCGGGUAAAGGACAUGCAAUGACACGAAGGAGGACGUUCCUCGAGGGUCGCCCACUGGGGAUUGAGCCGCCAAGGGAAGUGACCGGCGACGUAGAAAUCAGCCGACCUACCGUAAAUGAGAUCCGGCACCCGUUGGUGGAUUGGGUCGGGGUUGAGCUUAUGGAAAACACGGUUUACCUGGUGACCAAGGUUGAAUGGCAUGCGGAUGGAAAUGAUGGGUGGAACCCGGACCCGCGGGGACAUGUGCGCGCGGAAGGAAGGUUGUAUAUGUCAGGGGACGGAUGGCGCGCGUUCAGGGUCCUGCUAGCGUCGGGGGAAGAUCCGCUAAACAUGUUCGAAGGAGCAUGGCAGUUGGUGUGGCAGGCAGGGUUCGAGUUCGCGGACCCUGAGUUCAAUGAUGUAAUGGCGGACCUUAGGGUGGCCAUGGCCGGGAGUUUCAAUUUGCCUGUGGAACAUGAGUGUUGGAACGACAAAGGGUCUGCCUACGAGUUCGGAAUAUCAGCAGAGGUCACGGAAUUACUCAGAGCUAAGAUAGAUUCGUUCGUGGCAGAACCCACUGCGUCCCCCUACGCAAACAAGUGGUUUUUUUUUCGGAAACCCAACAAGACGCUCAGGUGGAUCCAAGAUUUGCAGAAGCUGAAUGCGAUGACAAUUCGAGACGCGGGAUCGCUUCCACAAGCCGAUCUGCUGGCAGAAUCUCACGCUGGCCGGAGCAUUUACUCCUUGAUAGACUUGUAUUCGGGAUAUGACCAACUGCCACUCGAUGUCAAGGAUAGACCGUACACCGCCAUGCAUACCCCUGUAGAGCAACUGCAGAUGCAGGUAACCCCUAUGGGCUUUACGAACAUUGUGGCGGAAACACAGAGGAGGAUGUUUGCGGUAGCAGGAGACAUGUUCCCGGAGAAAUACGAGUCGUAUAUAGAUGACAAUCCCAUAAAAAGGGCGCGGAACAAAGAUGAGACGGAGGUCCAGCCGGGGGUUUGGAAGUUCGUUUGGGAUCACCUACAGGAUGUCAACGACCUACUCCAGCGGUUCCUAGUAUAUAAUAUCACCGCAAGCAGGCCAAAGAGCAUCCUCGCGGUCCCAGAAGUGACCAUACUGGAGUUUCGCUGUGGGUCCUAUGGGAGGAAGCCUGACCCGACAAAAACGGAUAAGAUCUCUCAAUGGCGAACACCCGUGUGCACCACGACGGACGUACGCGCCUUCCUGGGGGUGGUUGGAUUCUGGAGGAUCUUUAUCAAAGGGUUUGCCAAAAUAGCUGAGCCUAUCCAUGAGAUGAUUAGGGAUGGAGGAACUAUGGAAUGGACCGAGGAUAGGGAGGCAGCGGUUCAAACCCUCAAAGACAUUUUCACUUUUGAUCAAGUCACCUUGGCGGCACCCUGCUUCAACGAUGAGGUAGGACGACCAUUUAUCGUGGAAACAGAUAGAGGACCGUUGGCAGUAGGAGGUGUUCUGAUACAAAGGAACGAGGAGGGCAAGGAAAGACCUAUUAGAUUCGAAAGCAGGACCCUGAAUUCUGAAGAACGGCGAUACUCCCAGUUCAAAAAGGAGGUCUUAGCCAUCCUACAUUGUCUUAAGACCUUUCAGGCAUACCUAUUUGGAAUACGGUUUAUCCUGAGAAUUGAUCCGACCAACGUCGCAGGGGCAUUGAAGAACUACAAGCCUAUAGACCCGAUCGUUGGGAGAUUGAUAGGCUUUAUCUGGCAGUUCGAUUACAAGAUCGAGCGAAUUGCGGGGCUCCGAAACAAGGCAGACAGGCUAAGUCGGGUCUGCAUCACACCGGAAGGCGUAGAGGAUAUGGAACCCAUCGACGCCUUCUUGGAAUAUGAGGGUGGAACCCUCACCAUGGAUAACGAGAUGAUGAGGUCCGCCUGCACGCCAGGGCAAUUGCUGAACCAGACUUUAGAAAGGGGGACGCCUGCCAUAGUUGCGGAACUUAGGGAAGGGCCAGUCACCACGAUGAGACGUAAGGAUGAAAAAGAUUCGUGCGGAGCAACAGUGAGGAUGAAAGAGGAGUUGAUAGCGAUGGUCGUAGAAGGGGGUCGGGACGCCGUGAUGUAUAUCUUGGACGCAAGGGAUAACCUGAAUGGUUAUGUAGAGGCAGUGACUCUUAAAAGAAAGACGGGGAAGGGAGUAGCAAACCGGAUAGAAGACUUUUACCUGAGGCACCCCUUUAUUCAGAGGUUUAUAGCGGACAACGGGACGGAGUUCAUAAACCAGGGAGUGCUAGGCAAGUUGAAGAUGUUGUGUGUGUCUAUCAAGAUCAUAGAGCCGUAUCAUCUUGAGGCCAACGCGCCUGUUGAAACGGGGCACCGGACCGUGAAAAACACAAUUGCUAAGCUGGCGGCAGACGACCUGGGGAAUUGGCUCCGGUACCUAAAGCAGGCAGUCUUUUUAGAGAACAUGACACCGAAAAAGACAACGGGAUGCAUUCCGGCAGAACUCUGGUAUGGGAGGGCGAUUGAUUUCCCAGUGGAAGCAUUGGUACCCACCUGGAAUAGGCUGGAGGACGACCCGCAAAUGUCCACGGAGGAACUAAUUGAGGCACGAUGUCAACAUGUUCUUAGAAAUGAGGAGACCUUGGAGGAUGUUGUUAAGCAAGUGAUGGAUAGUCGAAUGAGAGACAAAGCAAGGUGAGACAAGGUCAAAAAUAUCCAGAAAGAGCCUCUCCAGGUGGGGGAGAUGGUAUUGGUUAG